AUGUCUACAUACAAGCGCUCCCGCGCGACUUUCGAAUCGGAGCAGCACGCGCCGUACGCCCUCUUCGGCACGCCACUCCCAGACGAAAUUGAAGGACGCGACGAUGGAUCAUAUCUGCCCCUCUGGAAACAGGACGUACGAGAUGAAAGAGGUAGAAAGAGGCUACAUGGAGCUUUCACAGGUGGCUGGAGUGCCGGGUACUUUAAUACAGUCGGUUCCAAAGAGGGUUGGACGCCUUCCACGUUCGUAUCCAGUCGCAGUAACCGAAAUAAAUCCGAUCAGCGAACCAUCGAACAACGAGCGCAAGACUUCAUGGAUGAUGAAGAUCUAGCCGAUGCGGCCGAGGCCCAGCAGCUCAAGACUUCACAAGCAUUUGCGGGUUUCGGGUCCUCUGGUGAUGCCCAAGAGAGUUCUGGCGGCUUGGAUGGACUACUGAAGACCGAAGGCGAUACCAUGGGCUUGAAGCUGCUGCGCAGAAUGGGGUGGAAAGAUGGACAAGGAAUAGGACCAAAAGUGCGGCGGACAGUGCGGCUGGAAAGCAACAUUUCGUCCACGACAGAUGAUAUGACGUAUCUGUUCGCACCCGAAGAUACGGAUAUGAUUCGAUUUGUACGAAAAAUCGACCGAAUGGGUCUCGGAUAUCAAGGUGAAGCAAAACUCAGUAAAUCGCAACCCGAAACUGGUAGCGACAAAGACGACGAUGAUUUUCUCGGUCCCGAGAAACUCUCAACUACAAAGUCCCGGCCAAAGAUCAGAUCAAAAAUGCAACGUGGUGGCAUGGGAGUGGGCAUCUUGAAUGACAAUGGGUCCGACGACGAAAAUCCUUACGAAAUGGGACCAAAGAUCAGUUACAAUCGCGUUCUUGGUGGCGACAAGAAAAAGAAGAAAAAGGCCACAGCAGCUGCUAACCCAGCACUUGGAACUGCUCCCGUUUUCUUACCAAAAGGAGCUCGCGCCGGUAGGAGCUUGCACCGUUGUCACGACGGUCGGCUGCCGCUUGACGGCUUUGUGCUGGCCAAGGCAGUGGACGACUUGACAGAACUGUUGUCCAAGUACGCGCCGCUUGCAGUCCCCGAAGGGUGGAUUUCGGCAAACCCGGCGAGCUCUCGAUCGAAAGACAUCCACUACCAAACUGCAGCAGAUGCAGCCAGGGAGUCAAUGUUGGACCCCAAGUCGAGGGCAGCUAUCCUCGGCGAGAAGGCUCUGCCGGGUAAGUCGGUUUUUGACUUCAUUUCUGCAGCAGCACGGGAUCAGCUCGCAGCGGCGUCUGGCAAGAUCAAUCUCCCUCCCGGCCUGGGCGAGGUUCCGGCGGAAUACGCACUGUCCGUAGAGGAGAAAUUAAAGGCGCUCUGGGAGCAAGUGCCCAAAGUGGAUAAAGAGACGGCUAUUGCAGCCAUCUCAAGAGGAGUUUCUGGACCGUAUGCCGACGAUGAACGCAAAAGGAAUCGUUACCGAGCGUAUCUGGAGCAUGGGGCGAACCAAGAUCGCCCACUGCCUGCCAAGCCCGAAGGCUAUGCCGACGACGACUACCUGCGAGAAAUGACGGAGUUCUACAACUGCGCUCGAAUAUUUAAGCCGAUGACAGGGUUUAUGGCAUCGCGAUUCACUACGGCAAAGUCCCAACCAGGCGCAGCAGACACCAAGGGAAGCGACGUCGUGUCACAGCCAGAACCGGGUGUCACCGACCCUGCCGAGGAGGCAGCUAACCUUGGCAUGUAUGGCAAACUGACAAGAUCGGUGCGAGACUUUUACCCAAGUCGACUGUUGUGUAAAAGGUUCAAUGUGCGACCGCCGGCUCAUUCGCAGCCAGAUCAUGAUGAUGCAAGCUCCAGAGCAGCAGCAGCAACAGGAGGAGCUGGCGUUGCUCACGAGCCAAGCAAACUCCUGCUAUUGACUUCUGGAGGCGCAGGCGUGGCCCCUGGGCAGAAUAGCGACACAGACAUCCCCCCUGUCCAAGUCAACCCCGAGCCAGUCAAGAUUAAUCCAGAAAAGAACGAGGCUGUCGAGGCCAGUGCUGCAAGUCAGGACCUGCUCAAGGCAGUGUUUGGAGACAGCGACGACGACGAGGACUAG